UGCCAGUGCGGGUCACCGCCACAGGGGGCCGGGGGCUGGGCGAGGUCACCGGGGAGAGGGAAGACCGGUGCGACCGGCCGGAGGGUCCUCGUGGAGGGCGAUAUAGGGGCCACUAGGCGUCCUCGGGAGGCAGGGCCGAGAGCCCACCGGCUCCGCUGCCAGCUGCGGCCGGGCCGGCUGGAUGAGUGCGGGCGAGAUGGGACCCCGGGGAAGGGGGCGCCCCGAGGUGGGGGGGGCGAGGAGAGCCGACUGUGGGCACCGCGGCGCCGCGGGAGGAGUCAGAGAUCCGUGUCCAGGCCGCCACUGCGACAGGCUAAGGCCCGAGGACAGGCCAGAAGAGGCAGGAACGGAGCCCCGAGCCCGGACCCGGUCGCCGUCUUACCUGCCGGCCGCUGCGCGGAACCGAAGGAGCGGGAGGCGCCGUGUCCGGGAGCCCGGCUGCCCGCCGCCGAUUCAAAUAUCGACGGUUGGCGCGUACGGCCAAUCAGCGCGUGGCCGGGGCGGGACACAGGGCGUCGAAGGCCAAUGGGAGGCUGCGCCCAAGAGGCGGCUUCCGCUUCCGGGCGAGGCGGCACGCUAGGCAGGGCGGCCCCUGGAAUUCUCGGUAGCCCAGGCUCGUCCAGCAGACGAAGGUGAAACGCGGCUCGAGAGCGGGCGGUGAGUGCGGGGCCCGCCGUCGCCCAGGAAUCUCGGGCUCUGCGCAGACGCGCCUGGGCUGCGCGGAAAGGCCCAGGGCCUGAGAGCUGCUCGCCCGAGUCUGUAUUCCCAGCUGUGGAAUGGAGCCAAGUUCAGCGCCGCCCUCAGGGCGGGUCGUGGGGAGGCUCCAAACCCUCGCGAGGACUGCCGCGGCGGCUCAGGACGUCUGGCCGCGAGCGGGGUCCUGGAACUUCAUUUCCCAGAGCGCCCCGCGAGCGGCCUGAGGGUGGGGACUACACGUCCCAGGGCGCCCCGCGCGGCCCCGGCGCCUACCGGACGCGGACGCUGAGGCCUGUUUUGCGCCCCGGGGCGGGGGGCCUCGCCCGGACGGCUUCCCGGCGGCUACGGCGGCGCGAUGGACAGCCCCGAGGUCACCUUCACGCUGGCCUACCUGGUGUUCGCCGUAUGCUUCGUGUUCACCCCCACCGAGUUCCACUCGGCCGGGCUCACGGUGCAGAACCUGCUGUCGGGCUGGCUGGGCAGCGAGGACGCCGCCUUCGUGCCCUACCACCUGCGCCGCACGGCCGCCACGCUGCUGUGCCACUCGCUGCUGCCGCUCGGCUACUACGUGGGCAUGUGCUUCGCAGCUUCAGAAAAGCGGCUCUACUCCCCGAGCCAGGCCCCGGAGACCUGGCGGCUCUUCCUCCUGCUGGCGCUGACGCUGCCCACCGCUGCCUGCGCCCUGAUCUACCACUGGUCCCGCGACCGCUGGGCCCACCACCCGCUGGCCCGCGCCCUGGCCCUCUACGCCCCCCCGCAGUCGGGCUGGCGGGCCGUCGCUUCCUCCGUGAACACCGAGUUCCGGCGGAUUGACAAGUUUGCCACCGGGGCGCCAGGCGCCCGUGUGAUUGUGACGGACACGUGGGUGAUGAAGGUGACCACGUACCGCGUGCACGUGGCCCAGCAGCAGGACGUGCACCUGACCGUGACGCAGUCCCAGCAGCAUGAUCUCUCGCCAGACUCGAACCUGCCCGUGCAGCUCCUAACCAUCCGCGUGGCCAGUGCCAGCCCUGCCGUGCCGGCCUUCGACAUCCGGCUGAACUCCACGGAGUACGGUGAGCUGUGCGAGAAGCUCCGGGCACCCAUCCGCAGCGCAGCCAACGUGGUCAUCCGCCAGAGCCUGGGCGACCUGUUCCUGGAGACCUUCGCCUCCCUGGUGGAGGCCAACCCGGCCUACUCAGUCCCCAGCAGCCAGGACCUGGAGGCUUGCAUCGGCUGCAUGCAGACCCGGGCCAGUGUGAAGCUGGUGAAGACCUGCCAGGAGGCGGCCGAGGGCGCGUGCCAGCAGUGCUCCUGCCGCCCCAUGUGGUGCCUCACCUGCAUGGGCAAGUGGUUCGCCAGCCGCCAGGACCCACAGCGCCCUGACACCUGGCUGGCCAGCCGAGUGCCCUGCCCCACCUGCCGGGCGCGCUUCUGCAUCCUGGACGUGUGUGCCGUCCGAUAAGCCCGCUGGCCCUGCCGGUGACCCUUGAAGAGCAGGCAGGACUUAGGGCCUCCAUUCAGGCUGUCCGCGGGUUGGCAGGGUGACUCGCCUCUGUCCUGAGGCUGCCAGGGGGGCCAGGGCUUUUUGAAGUUUUCUGCUGCAGUGGGGUUGGUUUUCAGCACCUCUGCGUCCCUCACUCUCUGUUCUUCCGAGUAGGGGUGGGUGCUGGACACAGGACAUGGUGCUGGGUCUGUCUCCAGGGCGUCUGGGCCGCUGUGCCGGAGACCCCGUGGUCUGCCCCAGGUGGCCCUCACCUGAACCACUUGCCUUAAAUUUCUGGGCACAAGACCUUUGACUGCUCCUCAUCAGCUACCCGACAGACUCAGAUUUGCCCAAGGCUGCCCCACUCCUGUCCCCAGCCUGCCUCCACUCUGAGGACCUGGCACAGAGCGGGGAAGUGGAGGGGGAGACCCGAGUCACUGCUCCAGGGAGGAGACAGCGCCCAGGGUCUCCCGGGGAUUGUGGCCAGCCAGGGCCCGCUCCCUGCCCCGGGAUACCUUGGGCUUUCUGUCAGGGUCUGGGUGCAGGGCUGGCUGUUUUUAGCCAUGUGUUUGUGGGCGCUGCCCACCCCUUAGAGGGGUCUGUACCACGUGCCUUCUGCUGCCCAUGAGUCCAGGGAAAGGGCCCAGUCUUAGACGCCUGGUUGCAAGGGCACUGAAUUGAAGGCCAAGCACCCCGGCAACAUCCUCCAUCUGGAAAACAGGCACCAGGCUGGUCACUGCCCCGCAGGAUCUGCCCCUUCAGAAGGGGACGUGCUGCGCGGUUGAGGCUGUGACAGCCAUCUUCCCAGGUCCUGGUGGUGCCGGUGGGGAGCAGUGAGGGAAGUUCCAGGCCCAGGGUGCAGCUGACAGAUGGAGCUGUGGGAGUGGCCCCAAGCCCCCUAAACCUAGCCAUUUUAAGCGGGGGAGAUGGACUCAGCUGGCCCAGCUCACCCACGGCCGCACCAAACUCAAGGAUUGGGAGUGAGAAGGCCCAGCUUUGUGGUCCUCGGGGCCACGCACAGAUGAAGGCCAUCAGAGGGGCAGCCAGGAGCCGUGCCCUGCCUCAGCCUGGAGUUUCAAACCCUGGUAAGGGAGAGCCAGGUCUGGGGACAUUUUUUCUGCGAAAGAACAUUGCUUAGUUUUAUAAAGAUAGAUCUAUUGUAGUGAAGUGAUAUACUAUUUAAUAAAAUGUUAGUAUGAACUUGUA